GAGAAAUAUAGAGCUUAGGAGGAGGAAACCGGACCGUAUAUAAUCAGAUGUGUAUUGAUGAAAAGAUAGAGUGAAUAAAUUUGUGUUUUAUUGAUAAAUAUUAAGUGUUGGUGCCUGUGUUGGUGUCUGUAUUGGACCUGUGGCUGCUCCAAGCUUGUGUAGCUAACAUCCAAAAUUCAUCCUGCAUAGUUUAUUUUCACUAUUCAUAUAGCAUAUCUACUGUACGCCAAUACCCUACCCUACCACGUUACCCCUUAACCUUAACAUGAAGACCAAGCCCCAGGUCAAGCCCCAAGUCAAACCCUCGCUUUCCAAAAAACCGGCAAAGGUUGGUAUCUCGAAGAAAACCGCGCUUAAACGGUUAAAGUCAAAGCUGUCCAAAAGCAAGAACCAGAGCUUGACCCUUAGGUUGAACGCCGACGCCGACGUAAACGAUAUCAUGGUGGCCUCUAACGCCACCAAGUUUGCCAUGUUGCCAGGUGUCUCUGCUUUCAAGAAGGACGAUUUGGACAAAUCUCUCGUCAGCGACGUGGCAACUACCAAAAAAUCUAAGGACGCCGAUGAUGACCUCACCAAACAGUUGGAGAUGAUCAGUGGGUUCAAUUUGUGAAGGAAUAAAGGUCCAUCAAGCCAGGAGCAGCCACAAAAACAACGAGUAAGAAUAGCAUGUUACCCAAGAGAUACACAAAGGGUCAUGAUAGAGUCCGCAUCAUCCUCCAGAAACCAUCGGGGUUCAAGGGUCUUUACAUGGUAAUUUGCCGACAUUGCAACCGCAUAGGGAUUGGCCCUAGAGGCACAUAAUUACAUAAAUUUGUCCCGAUUCAAUAAUAAAGUGUAGUUCUGGGGUUUUAAAGAA